GAAGAGAAGCCAAAAGGUGAAGAAGCUUGUGGUAAUUGUGAGAACAAAGGCAAAAGUUGAUGUACAGUGGCAGGAUGGGAACAUAACAUUUGGAUUAGAUGCAGAUUCUCUGUUCCCUGUUAACGUUGUUGAUUCCCAUGACUUUUGGCCUGACCAGUUUGUGCUUCAAAAGGAUAUUUGUGAUGACUCAGGAAGUCCAAGUCUCCAUAGAUGUGGAGUAGUAAAAUGUUUGGAUGCGAAGGAGCGAACUGUGACUGUAAAGUGGACAAAUUUCCAUUCAAAUGAACUAAAUAAUUUUGACAAGGAGGAAACUGUGAGUGCUUAUGAACUGAUGGAUCACCCAGACUACUCGUUCAGUUUGGGCAAUGCUGUGUUUAGAUACUGUUCGGGUAAAUCUCAAACAUCUCAAAAAUGGCAGGAAAGUAGUAACAAUCUCAUGCACCUUAGUGGUGAUGAAAUGGACCAGAACAGCGAUUACUCAUCAAGUAUUGGUAUCAUUGUUGGCUUCGAGGAUGGAAACAUCAAAGUGAAUUGGGCUAAUGGGGCUAUGGGCAUUGUAUGUUUUGAAUUAAUUGCUAGUGGUGAAUAGUUUUCUUGUAUGUGCAAUGUGCAUAUUUAUCUUUUAUUGCAGGUUGCUCCGUAUGAGAUAUAUUGCAUAGAUAAGUUUGAAGAUGCAUCUAUGGGUAUUGUACCUUAUGGUGAAAAUCUUGAGCAACAAAAUGCUGGGGUGAAUCUGCAUGGUGGUAAACAACUUUCAAUGCCAAAAGGAAAGG